AGGUGUCUCACACAGGAUCACCCACGUGCCAAGGCCGUCACCGCCAGGGUGGAGAAGCUGCUGAGGGUUGGUAGGAAGCCGGGCACCCUGCACUGCACCCCAUGUGUGUGGCCCAGAGGAGGGAUGUCCCAGCCACAUCUUCUCACCCUCCCACUGCUGCUGCUCUGCUGCCAGGGCCCCUCUGCCCAGAUCACGGAUAACCUCUUCGAGAAAUGGACUGCGUACAGAGAGGAGUGCCAGCACAACAUGAGCCGCCUGCCUGCGCCCACAGAGCUGGUCUGUAACCGCACCUUUGACAAGUUCUCGUGUUGGCCUGACACCGCACCCAACAGCACGGCCAGUGUGCCCUGCCCCUGGUUCCUGCCCUGGUACCACAAAGUGAAACACAGACACGUCUUCAAGACCUGCGGGCCGGACGGGCAGUGGGUGACGGGGCCGCAGGGACAGUCCCUGCGCGAUGCCACACAGUGCCAGCAGGAUGAUGAGGAGAUAAAUGCGCAGGAAAAAUUUGCCAAGACCUAUGGCAGCUUCAAGGUGAUGUACACCGUGGGCUACUCCAUGUCGCUGUGCGCGCUGCUGCUCGCCCUGGCCCUGCUGCUGGGCUUCAGCAAGCUGCACUGCAUGAGGAACUAUAUCCACAUGAAUCUCUUCGCCUCCUUCAUCCUGAAGGGUGUCUCCGUGCUGGUCAUUGACGCCCUGCUCAAGACCCACUACAGCGACAAGAUCGACGGUUACAGCGUGCAAGUCUGGCUGAGUGAUGAGGCAGCCGCAGGCUGCCGGGCAGCCACAGUUUUCAUGCAGUACGGCAUUGUGGCCAACUACUGCUGGCUGCUGGUGGAGGGCAUCUACCUGCACAAUCUGCUGGUGGUGGCUGUUUUCUCUGAGAGGAGCUACUUCACCCUCUACCUGUGCAUUGGCUGGGGGGCACCCGUGCUGUUCCUCAUCCCCUGGGUCGUUGUGAAGUUCCUCUACGAAAACAUCCAGUGCUGGUCAACUAACAACAACAUGGGCUUCUGGUGGAUCCUUCGCUUCCCCGUGUUCCUGGCCAUCCUGAUCAACUUCUUCAUCUUCAUCCGCAUCAUCCAGAUCCUUGUCUCCAAGCUCCGUGCGCACCAGAUGCGCUACACUGACUACAAGUUUAGGCUGGCCAAGUCCACGCUGACGCUGAUCCCGCUGCUGGGCAUCCACGAGGUGGUCUUCGCCUUCGUCACAGAUGAGCACGCCCAGGGCACACUGCGCUAUGUCAAGCUCUUCUUCGACCUCUUCCUGAGCUCCUUCCAGGGGAUGCUGGUGGCCAUUCUCUACUGCUUUGUCAAUAAGGAGGUGCAGGCAGAGCUGUUGAAGCGAUGGCAGCGCUGGAAGCUGGGGAGGGACCUGGCUGAGGAGUACAGGCACACCUACAGCCACGCACCCAGCGCCCGCAACGGCGCCGGCAGCGCCUGCGAGAAGCACCAGCUGGUGAGUGGCUGCACCAACGGGCUGGGGCACAGCCUGGCCCCCCACCCCGGCUCCCACCGCCCCGAGAGAAGCGGGCGCGGCACCGCUGAGCACCUCGCCCUGGGAGAUCGCCACCACUGCUACGAGUUCCCUGAGACCACGGCCGAGAGCCACUUCUGAGCCCACGGCCAGACGGGAGGGCUGCGCUGAGCCAGUGGCCUGCCGUCGUCCCCU